GGAGCGGCGGUCAGUUCGGAAGCAGUCGGGUCCCGUUCGUCAUUCCUCGGCGAGCUUCGACGCUCGGCGGACGCUCCCUGGAGAGCGGGCUCCCUGUCCCUUGAUGCCCGGCGCAGUGCUGUGAGACAGCGGACUGACGAUGCUGAUCUCCCCGUGGGACCGCUGGUACUCCACCAGCUGCUGCCUGUGCUGCCAUGUCCGCACAGGAACCAUCAUCCUGGGAGUCUGGUACAUGCUCAUCAAUGCUGUGGUGCUCCUCAUCCUGCUCACAGCCCUCAGUGAUCCUGAGCAGUACCACCUGACCAGCGCUGAGUUGGCUAAUGACCUGGAUGUCAUGGACGAUGCCAACAUGUGCAUCGCCUCAGCCAUCUCUCUGCUGAUGAUUCUUAUAUGUGGGAUGGCAACAUAUGGUGCAUACAAGCUGCGAGCCGCUUGGAUCGUCCCAUUUUUCUGCUACCAAAUGUUUGAUUUCGGUCUCAACACCCUGGUUGCCGUCAGCAUUGUGGUGUAUCCAAACACGAUACAAGACUACCUGCAGCAGCUGCCUGAUAACUUCCCCUACAAAGAGGACAUCGCUGCCCUCAGUAAUGUCUGCCUGGUCCUCAUUGUGCUGCUCUUCAUCAGCUGCAUUCUCGGCUUCAAGGCUUACCUCAUAGCAUGUGUGUGGAACUGCUACAGAUAUGUGAAUGGCUGGGGUUCUUCUGAAAUCCUGCUCUACGUUACAACCAACGACACCACGGUGCUGUUACCUCCGUAUGAUGACAGCGCCAGUGUCCCUCCCAAGCAGGCUCCUCCACCCUACCCCACUGCUACAGCUUGAAAACAUUCCCCAGGAUGCUGCUGUCCUUCAGAAAAUCCCAGAAAAUCUUAUGCACCACACUGCCUCUCUACGCUCACAUUACAGUACACCUCACACAUGCACGUACAAGAUCACGUCACACACAUUAUGCACACACCACUACCUUACUAUAGCCCCAUGUCCCUUCUUGUUAUUUGUUGUUAAACUCUUAAUCUCCCUGUAACUUUUCCCUGUAUGUUUUCUGUCUCUGUGUUAUUCCAGAUAUAAUGUGCUUUUUAAUGCAUCUGGGUGAGGUGACAUAUGAAUAGAAGUAGAACGUUUGAUAGACGAUAGAUUCCAUAUAUUUGUAUUUAUUGUAUUUAUGCUCUGUGUGUUUCUGUGAUAGUAUUUUGGGAGUCUUAACUUUGAUAUUCAUAUUGAACGUAUGCACAAGUGCAAAAAUGAUGACAUUAAUGUGUCAUGAGUCAUCAUAAGAUUCCUGUUUGUCCUGCCUCUGCUUGUGAUCAGGGUGGAAUUGCCUUCAUUCAUAACUGUUUCUCUGAUGGGGUUCACUUUACAGAGCCUUGUGUCCCCUUGACUGGAAGUUUUCCUAAAGUAAUGCAACUACCUGUAAUCUGAUGUGACCUUACAGCAACCUAGUGUAUAUAAAACAUAUCACCUUCUCCUACUGUUGUAUUCAACUGCUGACACAACUGUCUUCUGUUAGAAACAUCAGGAGCGGUGGGUUGUGCUGGUUGACCCUCCUCACUUUUAAAAUGUAAACUGUGUGUUUCUACUGAAAUGUCUAGAGCUGCUAUUUAUCUAUUUUGACAGCGCAGACAUAGCACUGAUCUGGAAUCAGUUUGCUCUUUGAAGUCACUAUGAAUGAGUCGCUCCUGGGAACCUGUUGCUGUGACUGCAGAUCAGGCUUCUCUGCAUACUCAGGAGCUCAGUAAAUAUGGACGCUGGUUGUGGUUUUUCAAUUAAACUAACGGGAGCGUUUGGUCUGUGUAAACAUGUGAGUCUGUUCCACCAGAUGCAGUGAUAUUGGCAAGCUGCUCUGUGGACGCAAAAUGUCCUGUGAGGACACACAAGUCAGACUUAUGGACUGCUGCUGGAUGAAAAAUAAAGAUGUAACAUUUAUUUGUCUAUUAAAAUCUAA